AUGGGAAAAGACACAAGAUCAAAACAUAAAGUUUUUUUGAUAAAUGAUAUUGUCGAAAUACUAUCAUCAUCUCAAUUGCCUACUGGAGAGCAAGUUCUGCAAUAUUUACAUGGCAAACUAUUCAAAGCAAGAAAAGAAAAUUUAAAAUAUAGACUCUGUGAUAUGGUUUCUUGCAAAUUUCCACAUGGGAGUUUUGAAAUUGGUUGCAAUAACCCUGGAGGGUGUAAUUUUCAGAAAAACCCAUGUGUUGUUUCGUCACUGAAGAAAAUCUGGAAAAGAAGUGCAAUCCCAAUAGUAGCUGACCAACAUAUUAGAAGUAAGAUAUUGUGCUUGGAAGAUCGUAGAAAGAAACUAUCAAAGAACAAAUUACGUGACACACCACACAAUUUAAGAAAAAUAGACGCUUACAAACUUGAAAUAAAGUGCUUAUUUGAUAUUAGUGUGAAUGAUGCACAGCAAAAAAUUCUAUUGAAUAAGCAAGUCACUAAAAAGGAAAGAAAUAUUGAUAUAAACUUUUUGAAUGAUCAACGAGGAGAACGUAAAGCUGUCAUGGGUGGAAUAGACAAGAAGUACUUAUUUACUACUCGUAGAAAGCAAAAGGGGAUUGAGUUUACCAAUAAGAGAAUGAUUACUUCAAAUAGUAACAGAUUAGCUUCUGAAUUUAUAACCAAUUUAACUUUAAAUCAGGUUAGAAAUAGCAGUGUAGAAGCACAGAACAAAGAGGAUAAUCAAGAUUUUGAAUAUCAAAAGGACUGCAAACCAAGAUCUCAUAAGAGAAAACCAGAUUUUGUUGAAGUUAUGCUACCUAGAAAAAUCUUAAAGGCCACUGCUGUUACAGCAAAGAGAUACGGUAUUCAGAGUUCAGCGCAUACCACUACAUUGGCUAAUGUUCAUUCAAGUACUGUAAUUAGUGAAUAUGGUUUAAAAGUUAAAGAAGAUUUUAUUGUAAAAGCUAAGGGGAAACUACUUUGUGUUCAUUUUGACACAAAAAUAGUAAAAGAGUAUUUUUAUGGUGCGAAUAUAAAUGUUGAGCGGUUAGCACUAGUGAUUUCAAGUCCUAGUAUUGGUAAAGAACAACUUAUUGGAGUUCUUUCUAUCACAGAUAGUCGUGGAAUAACACAAGCAAAAGCAAUUAAGGAAAUACUGGAAUCUUGA